AUGAUCCAGAAGGCGAAGAAUAAGAAGAGGAAGAAGGGAGAAGACGGGGAUGUGGAUCUUGAUGAUGAGGAAGGAGGAACGGGAGGUUUUGUGCGGACGCGCGCGAUGAAGAUGCGAAUUGGAGAGGAGCGCAAACCUCUCGCGAAGAUCGACGGCGCUACAGUUGACGUGGACGCGUUAUGGGCGAAGAUGAACGCUCCAGACUCGGGAGUAGAUGCUUCUUCAGCGCAGGAUGAGAGCAAGGAAGCUACGCCUGCGGCUGGCCAGACCGACGGGGAAACGGCAGGUGGUGACGAGGCGACCCCCUCCGCACAGGAGCCCCAGACGAAGUAUACCGAAGAGAUGGUGAAGAUCAAGCGCACAUACAAGUUUGCAGGAGAGAUGAUUACGGAAGAGAAGAUUGUGCCCAAGGAUUCAGCGGAAGCUAAGCUAUUCCUGGCGGGCGAGAAGGAUGCGGAGACCGUGACUGCUGCAGAUGUAGACAACGCAGCGAAUGCUAAAGACGCCCUCAAACUGCGCAGACCGCUUCGACGACCUUCCCGCUUCGAUCCGAAUCCCACCGGUUCGAUCAAGAAGAGCUGGGAGAAACAGCCCGUUACAGAGGCGACGGCUGGACAGGAGAACGCCCGGGGACCAAAGAUCAACACGGUCGAGAAGUCGCGUCUGGACUGGGCUGCGUAUGUGGACCAGGCUGGAAUCAAGGACGAGCUCAACGUGCACAGCAAAGCGAAGGAGGGAUUCCUGGGUCGCAUGGAUUUCUUGGACCGCGUGGGGGCCAAGAUAGACGAGGAGAGGAGAAAUGCUCGUCUGAAGGGGCUUUAA